AUGGCUGCCGUUCAAGAUGACACCCUCAACAUAUCGAUACCCCUCCCCCGCUCACUGGACACCCGCAUCUACAUCCGCCUGAGUACUCAGGCCAAAGCCAUCGUGCUGUCUCUCACAACAUCAACACAAGACGACCUAGCGAGCGCUAAGCCCAUGGGCUCCUUUGUUUAUGCUUUGCCAAAUAGAUUCGAUGACAAACAGCCCCUCUCGACUACACUGUUCAGCUCGGAAUCCAGCGUCGAGAUUACUACUCGGUUGGCUAAGCUGCUUGCACGGAGGACACAACUGCCUGUUUAUGUGACCAACUCAAUGAGUUUCGCCAACGCGGGCAUGGGAGGCACCGUAGAGGAGGAGAUGGAGGCCUUCAAGAACAUAGUGUCGGUUACGGUCGACAAGCUCAGAGCCGCCAGAGUUGGCGCACUAGCUGUGAACGGGGAGCCGACAGUGUGA